AUGGCGACCUCGAUAGAUCCUAGCCAACAGUUUACCAAGCUUUGCAGCCGCUGCGCCGUGUUCCAGCUGAUAGACACACCACUGGACGGCAUCUUUGCAAGCCCGAACCAAGAACGAGAAACUGACCUGGGCUGGGAAGCCGAGCGAGCUCCCGAUGUUUUGUACCAGGUCUUUCAUGGCUCUGAUUGCGAAUCUUGUGUCUUUUUCAAACGAAUUCUGUUUUGGUGGGACAUAGAAGACAAACCACCGACUAUUUCCUCGGAGACUACCAUCCGCCUCUCGCUCCACCAUGUUUUCGGUCCAGACAGUGCUCAUGGAUAUGGGCUGAGGGCUAUACGCAUCAAACUUAGACAUGAUGGCCAGGAAGACAUUCAUCUUGACUGUCCUGUCACAGCAGUCGCGGAUGAUGAUACGGCAACGCUUCUCGCGCUCCGACCGCCUCUAUCCCACAUCAGUAAAGAGACUAAGACUUUCAUCCCCGAUCGACUUAUUGAAGUUGGACCAGAUCAACUACGGCUCGUCCUGACUAAAGACAUGGUCAACCCAGACUUGGAGAUCCCGCAUUAUAUCGCCCUCACAUACUGUUGGGGUCCCGAGCCACAUGCUAGUAAGCAACUCAAGACGACCAGCCUCAAUCUCUCGCAGCAUCUGCAGACGAUUCCAGAGUCCCUCUUGCCACAGGUCAUUCAGGACUCUGUGGCCCUGGCAAGGGCGUUGUCCAUCCCGUUUCUUUGGGUGGAUGCUUUGUGCAUCCUACAGGAUAUGUCGACAGACUGGGAUAGUCAGUGUGCAGUCAUGGAGCGCAUUUAUGGCAAUGCGUACGUAACAGUUGCCGCGGCUGCCUCCCUGAACUGCGAGCAAGGAUACCUGCAGAAGACCGACCGAGUCAUCAUCCCUUUAAACCCUCGCCCCAGCAACAACCCUUCUCUCGCCUUUGCAGUGUACUCUCCUCUCUAUAAGGCUUCUGCCGGAGAAGAACUCGUCAUUAGCCCGUGGCUUGAGAGAGGAUGGACAUUCCAGGAACGCAUCACGGCAACCCGCCUGCUGAUGUUUUCAAGAAGGAACAUUCACUUCAAAUGUCCAUCAUUUAGUGAAUCGAUGGGAAGGGAUCAGGACACAUAUGAUACCAAUUUCCGCAUGCUCGGCCGCGACAAGCUUAUUCCCGAUGACAAACUCCGUACCUAUCAAGAGUGGGAUGAAACCAUUUCUCAGCUCAACCCUGACAGGGCCCAUUUCACCCGCGAGACAGAUCUUCUACCGUCGGUUGCUGGCCUUGCAGCUCUGUUCCAGAAAUAUCUGGGUGAUGAGUACCUGGCCGGUUUGUGGAAGAACAAUCUGCACCGGGGCCUCUAUUGGACUUUGAUGGAUAUAGACGAAAUCAGUUACAAGGCCCUCCUACAAAGACUGGAAAGCCCCUUUCCCUAUCUUGCCCCCUCGUGGAGCUGGGCUAGUCUACGCCGCUACCUCUGUCCCCACCAUCACCCGCGCGGUUCAACUGAGUUUGGUGAAGUGAGCCAUGGCGCACUGGAGAUGAUGGCCAAGGUGUAUGUCGGGACUCGGAGGAUAGUAUACAGAAAAGUCUACCCGGCUUUCUCCUCUCCACAAAACGCUGUUCGGUUGGAUGGAGAGUAUUUCGCCCAUAUUCGGACUGAUUGCAUUGUUGAGGACUUCUUCACAACAUCCGAGAUCCACGAACUCAUCGCUCCCAUCGGUUUCCUGCUGAUUGGGAGCACGAUACGACGGAACUCAGAUGCAAAUUACUUCUCGUCGCGGCACUCCGAUAGCUCCUUGACACUUGGCGACGAUCAGGAGGCGUCAUUUAGUCAUGCGUCGUCCGAUUCCGAGUCAACCAGUGCUCCGGAAUGGGCGAGUGAAGAGGUAGAGGAUCCAGGUAAUAGAACGGCAUAUGGGUUACUCAUUCACCCCACGGGAAACCCAGACGAGUACUAUCGAGUUGGAACGUUUCUGUCCAAGCCUUUCAGAUCGGGAGGUCUAUCAAUCUUCAACAACCUUGAGCUAAGGCGAGUGAGACUUAUAUAA